AUUGCAGGGAAAUGGUAAGAUCACAGUUUGAGAAGAAGCUGGAGACAGCCCAAGUGGAUUAACUGAAGCCCUGGACGAAGACAAGAUCCCUGGAGGGAGACUGUAAGGUAGAAUGAGUACAUUCUGAGUCCCAGGACGGUGGGAAUUAGCCACUGGAUUGCAGGCAUGUUGUGGAAGUUGCUGAUGAGAUCCCAGCCCUGCAGGCUGUGUUCUUUCAGAAAGAUGCUAUCAACUCAAAAAUACAGACCCUUUUUAGCAUGCUUCACCUAUACAACUGGUAGACAAUCAAACAAAGAAAAUAAAAGAACAGUGGAAAAGCUCUAUAAAUUUUCAGUUGACAUUAGGAAGAUUCGUAGAUUAAAAGGAUGGGUGCUUUUGGAGGAUGAAACCUACAUUGAAGAAAUUGCAAAUAUUUUACAAGAACUAGGUGCCAAUGAAACUGCCAUAGCCAGUAUUUUGGAACGCUGCCCAGAAGCAAUUGUCUGUAGUCCAACUGCUGUUAACACUCAGAGAAAACUAUGGCAGUCAGUCUGCAAAAAUGAGGAAGAAUUAAUCAAGUUAAUAGAACAGUUUCCAGAAUCUUUCUUUACUGUUAAAGACCAGGAGAACCGGAAGCUGAAUGUUCAGUUCUUUCAAGAGUUGGGACUCAAGAAUGUGGUCAUUGGCAGAUUUCUGACAACUGCAUCUAAUAUUUUUCACAAUCCUGUUGAGAAGAAUAAGCAAAUGAUAACGAUUCUCCAGGAGAGUUAUCUAAAUUUAGGUGGCUCUGAGGCCAACAUGAAAGUUUGGCUACUAAAAUUAUUAAGCCAAAACCCAUUUAUCUUGUUAAAUUCUCCUGCAGCUGUAAAGGAAACACUAGAAUUUCUCCAGGAGCAAGGUUUCACAAACUUUGAAAUUCUCCAACUUCUGUCCAAACUCAAAGGAUUUCUUUUUCAGCUUUGCCUAAGAAAUAUACAGAACAGCAUUUCCUUCUCUAAAAAUGCUUUUAAAUGCACAGAUCAUGACCUGAAGCAAUUAGUUUUGAAAUGUCCUGCCCUUUUAUAUUAUUCUGUUCCAGUUUUAGAAGAGAGAAUUCAGGGACUAUUGAAAGAAGGAAUUUCCAUAGCUCAGAUAAAAGAGAUGCCAAUGGUUCUUGAAUUAACGCCACAGAUAGCACAGUACAGGAUAAGGAAACUGAAUUCCUUAGGCUAUAGAAUAAAGGAUGGACAUCUCGCAAAUCUAAACGGAACAAAAAAAGAGUUUGAGGCAAACUUUGGUAAAAUUCAAGCCAAAAAAGGAAGGCCGUUAUUUAACCCGGUAGCACCAUUAAAUGUUGAAGAGUGACUUACUGACUGAUGGUGCUUUCUAGCAGUGCAGAGUGAAACUGAUUAGCAAAGACUUCAACAAUUCUGGCAGGUUUAUAGGUGCUAGUAAUUUUAAGGACAUACUUAGUUUCUGAGUUGUGUUUAAGUUACCUCUAGAUAAUCUCUUACUCAUUUGCUAUACUUUCAAAUAUAAAUUGCAUUUAUUUUAAAUAAAGUUGGUAACUUUGACCUUGAA